AUGACGACCACCAAGCUUGCGAGUGGCUUUGUUGCCCUUCUCGGUCUGACCUCCAUGGUUCAUGGAGAGAAGUUUUCCAAAGGGGACCUCCUUCUUUGUGACUGUGGCAUUGGGGACGACAAGGAACACCCAGACUGGUCCACGUCUCGCCAGAUGAACUGGUACGAAGACAUCAAAUGGCCGGCUUCUGCUGCCAAAUAUCCCGAAGCUCCAGAAAUGGCUGUUCAGGUUCCCUACAAAGACGGUACUUAUCCCUGGCUGCCCCAAGGCGUCACUGCUACCAUGCCCAACGGUGACGUGUGGACUGCCUACAUUGAAGAUGGAACUCCUGAUGGCUUCAAGGCGGGCAGCGCUGUCUCAAGCAAAGACGGCAAGAACAUGUUGAACUGCUGGGCUUACCGCGGUCGCCCUGUCAGUGCGGCCAUUAACAAGACUGUCAAUCAUGAUGCCAUUUGUUGGACUGCUUUUGUCUGCAAUCAUGACAACCAGCCCCCUACUCGGCCCAAGGAUAUGGACCACCCUUCUACCAUGACUUCCUCCACUGCCAGUCCUGCCACUACCUUUUACACUCGUCCUCCCAAGACUGUCACUUCUACUGUUACUACCUCGGGGUCGCCUGCGCCAACUUACAACCCCAACAAGGGCACUCUGAGCGUUUACUCAGGUGUAAACCCCCGAUUCAUCAAUUGGCAAGAUACCUGGCAGUCCUUCAUCAACCACUUCAUCUGGGACAAGAACACUGGCCGUUGCAUUGGCGAGCCAGCCAUUGGUCCCGGAUACAACAUCACCAUCGACUGUGCGGGUAUUCAGAUUGACGAAGACACUCACAUGACACUUCUUCUGAUCAAGGCUUUAAGAGACGUUGGCCUUAACAGCCUGUGGUUCAAUCAAAACCCUGUCAUCCCUGGGGGAAGUGGCAACAACAACACUUCGCAAAACUGGGUGGUGAUGCCCGAAUCCUUCAACUUACAGGCUACUGAUCUUGCCACCAACAAUGUGGUUGGCCGUCUCUCUUACAAAACUCAUUACGCUGGGUACCUUACCACUCCAUGCUCCACCUGCGAGACUGGUCGCUUCGACAAGAACUUCUUUGACCCGAUCAUUGCAGCUGUGAAGGGAAGUUACCCGGCGUUUAACAACUUUACAAUUCAGGGACAGUGCGAUCCUUGGAUGGCAUGCGAUUGA